UGGGCCCAGCCUUGGCUGACUUCUCUCUGCCUAGGGAACCCCCGGGACCUUGUUCUUAUUCCCCAAGAUCAAGGCGGCAAUUGCCUCUGUCCACAAUGAAUGUCGUCCUCUCCAGGGACAGUCAGGUGAAGGCCAUGGAGAACACUGUGACCAACGCUGAGAGGUAUUUCGGUCAGUUCUGUUCGCUGCUGGCCUCCUACACGCGCAAGACAGCCCGGCUGCGUGACAAGGCCGACCAGCUGGUGAAGCAGCUCAUGGAUUUUGCCAACACUGAGAACCCGGAGCUUCGGGCUACCAUGCGAGACUUUGCCGAGGACCUGGCCAAAGUGCAGGAUUACCGGCAGGCAGAGGUUGAGAGGCUGGAGGCCAAGGUCAUCAGCCCUCUGAAGCUCUAUGGAGCCCAGAUAAAGCAGACCCAGGCAGAUAUCAAGAAAUGUAAACGUGUCCAAAAUAAUGAGAUCAAGCAACUGGAAAAGCUGGAGAAAUUAAGGCAGAAGUCACCCUCAGAUCGACAAAUGAUUUCCCAGGCGGAGACCAGUGCACAGAGGGCCUCUGUGGACACCAACCGCUCUACCCAUCACCUGGCAGAGACAGUGGAUGCCUUCCAGGAGCAGAAGCUGAAGGACCUCCGGAGAAUCUUCUCUGACUUUGUGACCAUCGAGAUGGUCUUCCACGCAAAGGCAGUGGAGGUGUAUUCCAGUGCUUUCAGGACCCUGGAGAGCUACGACCUGGAGCGAGACCUGCAGGACUUCAGAGCCAAGAUGCAUGGAAUUUAUGGCCAUGGUGAAGCUCGGCCACCCACAGACACCAGCCCCUCUCAAUCUGUCCCUUGGCCUCUUGCCAGCCAGAGCGUUCAGAGCACCGUGGCACACCAGGGAAAAGACGAGGAGGAGAGCGAGGCAGACUCUGUGGAGGAGAUCCCCCUGGAGGACCUCAAGGGACAGCAGCACGGACACCGUGACUAGGAAGAGGAUGCAGCAGCAGGUGGAAGGCCUAGGCUGGCCUGGACCCUGGUGGGCUCUGCUUGUGUCCUCAGGUCAGGGAUCCCUGGAGCCUCACUUCCCUUAUCGGCACAGCAGGCUGCUCUGCGGACUCCUACUCCUGGUGUCAGUGAGAGACAUGUGACUCUUGGUUGCAUCCUUGUUUUGCCUGUUUCCUGCCUUCAUCUGGGGACAGGAGUCUCCACACUUGUGUUAAUGCUAAGGCGUGGUGGAUUAGUUUUGGGGGUCUUCCCGGUCAAGUACCACCAACGGGGAGGCUAAAGCAGCAGAAGAAUAGACCGCCCUGCCCAGAAGCUGCCAUCCACAUCAGGUGUUGGAGGGCUAGCUCCUCCAGAGCAGGAAGGUACGGGCAGCCUAGGCCUCUGUCCAGCUUCUGGCUCGUGCAGCCUGUUCCUGUGGCCACGGUGUUCUCCCUAAGUGCACCAAAGUCUGUGCCCAAAUGCCCCUUUCUGUAAGCUCAGGGCCCCUGCGGUGGUAGCCUUCCAACCCCUCCACAAGGACCAUUUUCAGGCUCUGCACCCCAGGACUUAACUCUUCAAUACACGGGCUUUGCAGAUAGGCACAAAUCUCAGCCAUUACACAGACAUGGCAUGAUCUAUACAAUGGCCAUGGGGCCAUAAACACACAGAGGUCCACAGUGAGGGUAGGUAGAGGGUGGGUGGGCACCUCCAGGAGCAUGUGUGAGGUGAUCCCUGGGCACACUCUUCAGGGGAUCUGUUCCCUAGGAAGAUGAGGCCACCAUGAACGUGAUAGGUCCUAGACUUGGAUCAAUGAACUCUUGGGUGAAAGGGUAUCCCUGUCCUUUACCACUCUGUCCACAGACAACUUGGGUGAGCACAGGCUUGAUCACCCCCUGGCAUCAGGGUGCCCCCGACCCUGCCUCCUCUCUGAGCCAAAGCACUCGCUCCUGGGAUACCCCAAUUUGGCCCCAUAUGACAGGUGGUGAUCAGGUACCCCACAUGUCCAAGUAGCAGGCCACACUGUCCU